AUGGUAAGGAUUCUUAAUGUUCCAGUGGACAUGAUCUUGUUCAGCCAAAUUAAUAUUGCGCUCAUAGUGCUUAUGUGCAAUAUGGGACCAAUAUCAUCAAGAGCACAGCCACAGAACAUGACUCUUCCACAUGAUGAGGUUGAAGCCCUUCGUGAAAUAGCUGCACAACUGCAUAAAAAGGACUGGAAUUUCAGCGACCCGUGUAGCAAUGUUCCAACUUUCUCAAGCCCACACACGGAUCAGUACAACAACACUCUCUUCUGCAAUUGCUCCUUCCCUGGCAAUGUGUGCCAUGUCCAAAGCAUUUUUCUUGUGGGGCAGGAACUUGAUGGUGUGCUUCCACCAGCACUGGUGAAGCUACCUUACAUUAAGCAACUUAAUCUGGGCCAGAAUUACCUUAGUGGUUCGAUACCGCGCGAAUGGACUUCUACGAAGUUGGAAUUUCUGGUUCUCAGCGUGAACAACUUAUCAGGACCAAUCCCCAGCUAUUUGGGAAACAUAGUUACUCUCCAAGCUUUGGCCUUGGAAAGCAACUUAUUUUCUGGAACCAUUCCUCCGGAGCUGGGGAAGUUGAUUAACAUGGAGAUUCUCUACCUUCGCGCUAAUAAUCUCACUGGAGAGUUGCCUACAAGGAGGGUAGUGUUCUAA